AUGGGACCCACUUUCAAGGGAGCAGCUGUUGUUUGCCUCGUGGCGCUCUCUGGUCUACAGCCGGCGGCAGGAGCUUUGCAAUACCAAGUUCAGGUUGCAGACAAAGAUGCAUACACCUCCGUGAACUUGGCCCGCGUUGGUCAGUUGUCUGUACGGAUUGGCGUAUUGACGGAGGACAGCACCCUGGCUGAUGGUCUAAAGACUGACUCAGCACCGGCGGUAUCUGAACACCCAGACCCUACGUGUGAACAAGCCAUCGGAGAAGUCAAAAAGACGAAAUUUGUCGCACAGCUCACAGAAACAGGAGACCAGAAAUAUCGCCAAGCUGUGGAGAAAGCUCUUGAAGAUGGACUUGCUGAGCUGCCGUCGUACCCUGAAAAUGAUGGGUGGACGACGUUCUGGGCGAAACCCGCCGGCGCCAACCUCGCACGCCUUCUUUGGUCUAAGAGCACCAAAGUUGGCUGCGGCGUAGGAACAUGCACGCCAGGAGAACCGGCUCGAACUCCAGAAGAAACUGUCACAUUUCUUGUUUGUCAGAUGGAGCCUGCAGCGGAGGCGAACACGGCUCCCUUCGAGUAA